UUUAAACCGUUGCUGGGAGAUGAUGUUUGGAGAGCAAGGAGAACAAAGAUUGCGUCCAGAAGCUUAUUAAAUUUCCUCUAUUGAAGGAGAGAUAGCAGAUAUUCAGAAGGACAUGCAUAUUUAGUGCAGUCUUGUGAUCUGAUCAAACAGUCUGCUUCCAGGAGGCGAAGCAUGCUGCCAGAGCUCUACAGCACCAGACAUGACAGCCGCACAGUGAUGGAGAGCCUGGUUUUUCAAGCUUGACAGAGUGUCUCAGAGAGUCUGUCCCUGGUGUGAGCAUCCGCCAUGCUGUGCAGUCAGCUGUUGUUUUAUGUCUACAUCCUCACCUUUCUCAUGGGGGUCCCUGCCAACAUCCUGGCCUUCUGCACCUUCUGCCGCAAGGUGCGCCGCAAGGCAGCCCCAAUAGACAUCCUCCUCCUCAACCUCACCAUCUCCGACCUCAUCUUCCUGGCUUUCCUGCCAUUUAAAAUUAAGGAGGCCUCUGAUGACAUGGUCUGGAUGCUGCCUUACCAGCUGUGUCCCUUCAGUGGUUUCAUGUUCUAUGUCACCAUCUACAACAGCACCCUGCUGCUAACAGCUGUGAGUGUGGAGCGCUACCUCGGGGUCGCCUACCCCCUCAGGUACUCCCUGUGCCGCAGACCUCGCUACGCCAUGUGGGCCAGCAUCAUGUUCUGGGUGGUGAGCUCUCUGAACCUCAGCAUCGUCUACAUCAUGCCUUAUGCCCAGUGGAGCAAAGGUGCACACACUGACAACAACAAUGGAAGCACCACCAACAGCCCUCCCCCCACCUGCUACCUGAAUUUCAGCCAAGAAGAGCUCGCCAUCCUUCUACCAGUCCGCCUGGAGCUCUUUCUCGUUCUCUUCUGCAUACCCUUCUUCAUCUGCUGCUUCUGCUACGUCAACUUCAUCCUCAUCCUGUCCCGUCUCCCAAACAUUGGCAGACGCCGGAGGCUGCGUGCCAUUGGUCUGGCACUCGGCACGUUAAUAGUAUUCGCCGUCUGUUUUGGGCCUUACAACGCCUCCCAUGUGGUGGGGUUUGUUCAUCAGGACAGCGAGGGGUGGAGGAACGUAGCAUUGCUCUCCAGCACAUUCAACGCCUGCCUGGAUCCAGUUAUCUUUUACUUCUCCUCAGCGGCUGUAAGAAGCAUGUUAAAUCACUGCUUCAGGAACAUAAUGGCAAAGCUGCACAUCCUGAGGUGUGGAGGGGCUCCUCACAGUCCUCACCAGAGGCCCUUCAAGACUAAAAAAUACAAGGAAGCACCCCUUCCCUGAAAGGUUUGGGGACAUUACCAUUGUAAAUGUGUUUUGAGAGAGUGAAAAAAAAUGUACCAAAUAAAUGUUCCACUCUCACCAUUGAGAGGGGCUUCAAGCUAUUUUUAAUGAACCAAUCACUGUGGCUAGCAACAACUUUAGUGUCAUGUCAGCACCUUUUAUAGGCAACAUUUGCUCCAGAGCUAAAAAGGAAUGCAAUAAACACUUGAGUGAGCAAGUUUAUUUUCUGUUAUUUAUCUGCUGACUCUGUUUUUGUCAAGCAACAACAUUUAAAGCUGACAUUUAUUGGUAUAAGCAUGAGUUAUUUUCAUGUCCAUUAACAUGACAUCACAUAUGUCA